CUCAAAAGAGUCAACACUACUUACAAUAAUAGUCCUGAUUUGCAAACAAAAAGUGUAAUUUGUGCAAUUCAAGAGUCUGAUACAUUCAAUGGCAUUGUGAUUGAUUUCUUGGAAUGAGCCUCUGAAGGACUCAGAGCACGGUUGACUUUGAGCAUUGAACGGAUAUAAAUACAUACUAAUACAUGCUCCCAUGCUCUCAGCUCGCGCCCUAGCUGCAUGUGCUGAGAGCGUUUCCUUGGAUACCUUUAUCACCGGAAAUUUUAUGGUAGCUGCUUCUUUUUAUCUGAGGUAAAUCCACUUUUUUGAAGAAGUCGGGGCUAUAUCCUUUACUCUUUCCCACGAUGGCAACGCCGUUUUCAAAGAGCAAUCUGGGCGCCACUCCCACCCAGUUCACAUCUUCUCCUCACCCGUCAGCCGUACCCAUGGGCCGCCCUCUAUCACACAAGUCUCCUUCCAUGAAGACGCCCUCCGCUUCAGGCCAGGGGCAUCAGAACUACCCCAGCACGUCGUCACACCAGUAUCCCACGCCUCUCCCCAUCACGUCGGCCGCAAUAGAAGAUGUGGCCGUGUUCAGCUCUCCAUCAGCUCUUUUAGCGCUUGGGCUGGGUGGAAUUACGCCGUCUCCGGCGGCCAAUGACGCCCUUGGUGGCCAAGGCAUCAAUGAGGGCGACUUGCACUCCAUGGCGAUUCCGUCACUGGGUAUAACCGGCCCAAAGGAUAUCGAGGACGAGAAAAGGAAACGUAUAGACGAGGUUUUGCAGCUACUUCGGACGCGUGUUGCCGGUCGAGGCGUGUGUCGCGAGGGCAUUGAGAGGUUGGGUAAACUGGAAGGCCUGGAGUGUAUGUGGCAAGAUAACGAUCUCAGCAUAGCGGGAAAUUCUCUCGAUUUGGAAGUCGAGUUUGAACCCGGUCAGGAGAUUGUUAAGAAUGUUACCUUGAGAUAUGCGACUCCUGACGCGCCGGAAGGGGAAAGGAGAGUUGAGGCGUCGGAAGUGUUGAAGAGGAAUUUGAUGCAGGGUCCUGGAGAACAGGAAGGUGGACAUUGGAAGUCCAUGGCAGAGUUCCAUGAAAAUUUGCGGCGGCUAGCGAGAUUGGACCAGUUGAGCAGAGAAAUCAAUUGUUUUGAGGCUGUCGAAGGGAUCUAUGAAUGCUUGAGAAGGAUUUGGGACGAAGAGAAGAAACAUGGAACGCGGCAAAGCCACUUGGAUCAUAUAUGCAAAGGAUGGAUUGGAAAACCAUCUAUGCAUGGAGGAAAGCACGUUGGAUUGAUGCUUAGGUAUUGGGUUGAUCAAAGGCGCAUGUUUGAGGCCAAACAAGUCCCGCCGAGUAAUGCGAUGGACACCGACCUGCCAGCACAGGAUGACGAAGAGGUUCCCGACAAAGCUAAUUUCUACAGCGCCGCUAUCGAAUGUGAAACCGGAUACCCGUCUCUUCGCGUGUCGAAAGAAUGGGUCUCAGCAGACGUCUUUACAGAGAUUAGAAAUGAGGAUGGCGGCGACAACGGACUUGAGAUUAGAAUGAUUAAUUGGACGGAACCCCCGCCUACACUAGUAUCUCCUCUGAGCAACAAUCCGGAUUCUGUGGCUCUCGAACCGACCAUAUUAUCCUCAACGGCGCCCAAUAUACGCUUCGUCGCACGGCUUGAGCCGCCAGUUGACAUGCCCAUAUUUGCUGCUGUCGAGAUUUAUCGAGCCAUAGGGGCGAAUAUGAUGCAGGAAUCCAAGACUACUACCUACGACAGCCUUGUGGUUCCUUCACAAGGUGAUUCUAAUUUUAUUGAAUUCGAGGGGAGACAGGUUAUGCAAAAAAGAGAGAUAUCUACAUUCGGCGCGGAUGGAAAACCGGUCAAACAGCGACAUACUUAUACGUUCAAUACUUUUGAACAGGUACCGGGUCGCACAAUUCGUGAUAUACCCUUUUCGCAUCCGCGUCAAUUAGCCGAUGUGCUUCCUAUCCUGCGACAAUAUGCAUUUAUUUCCAGUCUUUUACGACGAAUUUUCUCUGAUUCCCAAACGGCCUCCAGGAGCGACACCCAGAGAACACCAGGAGAAAAGUCAGUUCCUCAACUCUUCCAAGAAUCCAGACCGAAUGGAUACUUCAUCAGCAAUGUCAACCCUACGGAAUGCAGACUUAAUUCGCUGCUGAGAAGCGGAAGAAAUAACGGCUUCAAGCCGCCCCCAACAGCGAUUUCUACACCUCCUGCAAACGAAGUCCGCGUCGAUAUCUCGCUUAGAACACCAAUGUCUCUCCCACCUACAGUACUGCUUGUUUUCAACAUCAACGAGGAUAAUCAGAUGAGGAGCUCAGACUCAGCUCCGCUGUUGACGCGAAUCGCCUCCCGGCAGGUCAUGAUUGGUGCAGACAUCGGUCUCAAUGGAGAGAUUAAUAUAUCACACAUCUCUGGCAUAUUGCCUAGUAAUGCUACCGAUUACACAUCCAAUGAAAAAUGCGAAGAUGAAAAGAGGAAACUACGGUCACAAAUUGCGAGAGUACUCGAGACCUGCGAGGAUUUGGGAAUGUUGGUCGAAUGGGUUCUGAAGUGGAUAAGGAAGCACACUGAUGGCUGA